UGUGUCAUAUUUUGGGCAUACAUUCAAAACUAAUUAAUGUGGUGAUUCCAGUUGUCACAAAUAAAUACCUACUACUAAGAUGUCUCCAAAUGCAUGCUGUACAUUUUCCCGGUUGUUUAACUAUUUUGUUGUAGAGUCUGCUUUUCUCCACUUAUUUAGCUUAGCUCUCCUAAGUUCUCCAUUUCUUCUGAGCCUUCCUUGGAUAGAUUGCCGAAUCUCUUCUCCUGUAAAAACCGACUGCUUCCUCCUCCUCCUCCUGCAUCCCAUCCCCUCCAGUCCUAUGAGAUGCUGAUAACAUUUAACAGCUCUUAACCCGUUUAAGAGUCACCCACAGUUGCCUCAUUCCUAUUUAUCCACAAUAUGCAUUCAAUGUAUUGUUUCACAAGCAUGUUUCUCAUUUUUUGUGUUUUAUGUUUUUUCUUCUUCCCUUUUCACUUUUCGUUUUAUCUCCUGUGCAUGUCCUUUGUCCUUUCAUCUGUCCACAGUGUGUGUGAUUAUCCCCCUGACCCCCAGAGGCACUGAAACAGCCUUUUUUAUGCAGGCUCCAACCUCAGUUUUCCUAACACCAACACCUACUCCUCCACCCACUCCCCUCACACUUACUGCAGCAGCUUGCUCUCGUCCCUUCUCCUCACGCCGCUCUCCAAGUUACGAGUCCUCCAUUUCGCUCAAAGACCUGGCUCCUUCAGCACCAUUUGAGCAGACACAAUCCAGCUUUUUCAUCCAUUGUUCCUCAUGCUCCACUCAGCCAUACCCAUCUUCAAACCCUUGGCAGUCUCCAGCCUUCCCUUUUAUGUCGUGUUUGACCUCCCCCAUACCCCUGAUCACCUCACCUUUACCUUCCUCACCUGCUCCUUACUCCUCACCAUUUUCAGCCACAUCUGCUCCAACAUCUCCAGCAUCUUGUCCAGCCUCCCCCACUUUAAGCACCCCAGUUCUUUCACAAGCAGAAACAGUCACCCUUUCACUUACAUUAUCUGGCUCCUCUGAGGAUCUGUCCUGCCAAACUGUACCUUCCAUCAAAACCCCCACCACCCCAAGCAUCCUUUCUGUAUCCUGCUGCGAAGAUCACAACUCAUCUCAGCUCAUUGCUGCACUUGUGUCACCCACCCUCCCCUCAUCCCCGUGCAUGGCUUCACCCUCUGUCACCGCCUCUGCAAGCAAAGAUUCUUUAGCGGCCCAGCUGGCCUCCUCCUCCCGCCCCAUUUCUCCUCUUUCCAUUUGCACUCUCCCACCUAUCUCCCCUUCAGGAUCCCGUUGUCCUAGCCCUGGUCCUCCUUCUCCCCCUAUUCGCUCCUUGUCUCCUUGUCCCGUUUGCCAGUGCAAAUGUGCACCCUCAGUCAACCCAUCUCCUGCUCUGACCCACAUUGAUCCUUCCAAAAUGGAAAUAUACAUUUAGAGUUCCUCCAUCCUUCUCUUCGACUUCUAAUACAUCUCUCACCUUUCAUCUCUACCAUGUGAGCAUGUAACAGAACACCCCGGCAAAAGAAAAUUAGUCUUACACUUUUAACACCCCACGCUAUUAUAGAGCCACUAAUGCGUUUCAUUUUAAUCGUCUAACCUCACUAAAUAGAUAUGAAUCUCACUAAAUAUAAAAUAUCGUUUUACCGAAUGUUUAAAGUGUAUAUUAAUAAUUCUGUGUGGAAUAUUUACUUUGCUGACGUGCUGUAAAACGUAUGUGGCAACUGCAAUUUACUGGAAAUGUUUCACUUUUAUGUGGAAAACUGUUACAAUUUAGCUAGUGGUUGACUGGAUACAUGCUUCACACCUCAGUCUCUGUCAUUGGUCACUUCGUGAUGUUAUGUGGUGUUUGUGUUGAGGUUUUGCUUGUGUGUGUGUGUGUGUGCGUGCGUGUGUGUGUGCGUGCGUGCGUGCGUGCGUGCGUGCGUGCGUGCGUGCGUGCGUGCGUGCGUGCGUGUGUGUGUGUGUGUGUGUGUGUGUGUGUGUGUGUGUGUGUGUGUGUGUGUGUGUGUGUGCGUGCGUGUGUGUGUGUGUGCUGUUUCAUAGCUUCCAUGUGUGUUUGUCUGUACAUUUGUCAUCCUGUCAC